UUGCCCAGGCAGACCCAGUGCUGGCUGCUGCCAGGCAGAUGGGGUAGCGGGCAGGGGUCGGAGGAGCCACCCUCCCAGCUGACCCAGCCUCCUGGGCCGCUUCUUCCAAACCAGCAGGGUAGAAAGAUGGGGCACCCACCAGACUCUCCCAGUGCUCCGGCCCCAGCUGGCACCACAGCUAUACCUGGGCUUAUUCCAGACCUUGUCGCCGGGACCCCCUGGCCCCGCUGGGCUCUCAUUGCCGGCGCCCUUGCCGCGGGCAUCCUCCUCGUCUCCUGCCUCCUCUGUGCUGCCUGCUGCUGCUGCCGCCGCCACAGGAAGACGCCCAGGGACAAGGAGGCCGUGGGUCUGGGCAGUGCCCGCGGCACCACCACCACCCACCUGGUGCAACCUGAUGUGGAUGGCCUGGAGUCCAGCCCGGGGGGUGCUCAGCAAUGGGGGCGCCUGCAGCUCUCCCUGGAGUACGACUUUGGAAGCCAAGAGAUCAGGGUGGGCCUGAGGCAGGCAGCCGACCUGAGGCCUGGGGGCACCUUGGACCCCUAUGCCCGGGUCAGCGUCUCCACCCAGGCCGGACACAGACAUGAGACAAAAGUGCACCGAGGCACGCUCUGCCCCGUGUUUGACGAGACCUGCUGCUUCCACAUCCCGCAGGCGGAGCUGCCAGGGGCCACCCUGAAGGUGCAGCUUUUCAACUUCAACCGCUUCUCGGGGCAUGAGCCCCUGGGUGAGCUCCACCUGCCACUGGGCACCGUGGAUCUGCAGCAUGUUCUGGAGCACUGGUACCCGCUGGGCCCGCCAGCUGCCACUGAGCCCGAGCAGGUCGGGGAGCUGUGCUUCUCUCUCUGGUACGUGCCCAGCUCAGGCCGGCUGACCGUGGUGGUGCUGGAGGCUCGAGGCCUGCGUCCAGGACUGGCAGAGCCCUACGUGAAGGUCCAGCUCAUGCUGAACCAGAGGAAGUGGAAGAAGAGAAAGACAGCCAUCAAAAAGGGCACGGCGGCCCCCUACUUCAAUGAGGCCUUCACCUUCCUGGUGCCCUUCAGCCAGGUCCAGAAUGUGGACCUGGUGCUGGCUGUCUGGGACCGUGGCCUGCCGCUCCGAACUGAGCCCGUAGGCAAGGUGCACUUGGGUGCCCGGGCUUCGGGGCAGCCCCUGCAGCACUGGGCAGACAUGCUGGCCCACGCCCGGCGGCCCGUCGCCCAGUGGCACCCCCUGCGGCCAGCCAGGGAGGUGGACCGCAUGCUGGCCCUGCAGCCCCGCUUUCGCCUGCGCCUGCCCUUGCCCCACUCCUGAAUGCACCACAUGCCUCUGUCUCCCCGCUGAGCCCAGGCACUUGCCCAGGCCGCCCUGCAGGACCACUGCAAUAAACGCCUUCUCCUGCCACUGUGUGUCCGGCUGGAGCCUGGAGGGGAUGCAGAAAUAAGGCCCGGGUCCACUCAGCAGGGUCCCCUGACAAGGAUGGGGGAGGGGCUCCUCUCCAGACUCAGCCAGGCCCUGAGGCCUCUGACCGGUCCCUGCUUGACCCUCGGGUAGGGGUGGGGAACCUCCCCAGGAGCACAGAUCUCCCCUCUCCGGGCCGCCUGGGAAGACCGGGGAGGUGGGGGCCAGAGAGUCGGGACCACAUGGGAUGGGGCGGGCUAGAGCCAGCCCUGUAGGGACAGA